AUGGCAAACAAUCAAGGCAAUUUCGUAGAUAGGAAUAAUUUCCCGACUAAAACAGGGACGAACCCAGCAACCGCUGGAUCGAGUACAUCAGCUCCCAAUCAUGCAAGAAGCGCGAUAAAUUCAGAAAAUGGCCGAUACCCACAACCGCAAACCACCUGUCCACAUCAAUACGUCCCGUCCGAAUAUCAAAUUCAGAUCCCACUUCCUCCCAACCCUUCAUUUCAACCAUCAUACCAGACACCGACCAACCACGUCCCUUUUCCGAAUCCACUCUACGUCCCAAGCAUCGCCACCCCACCUAGUCUCACAUUCAAGAUCCAGUCGCCGAUCAAAGUCCGCCGAGACCUCGAAUGGAUCAACGCACUCGCCCUGCACGGAUCUAAUCCUUUCGCGGAAGAGUACACGCGAAAUCGCUUCAGGUUCUACUAUCGAGAACAUAAUCGCCUUCGUAGCGAAGUGUUAAUGGAGGUCGAGAACCUGUUCGUGCAAUAUGGAGUCAUACUGCCAAGUACAAAUAUCGGUACUCCAGACCAGGUAGCGAAAGACUGGGUGAAACAGACCUACGGCGUGGUUUUGGAUGAGAGAUCGGGAGAUCGUGCGAGGAAUGACGAAGCGAGAGCAAAAGCCGAGAAGGCUGCUAAUGCGGCAAAAGUUUCGAAUGGGGUCAAGGAAGGGAAAGAGAUGACAGCUGCGGAGAAGGCGGCACUGUUCAGCAACCCGAUUCGAGAAUUGGAAUCGGUUGUGGGAAACAGACUCUUUGCUCCUCACGAAAAUAUGGGGGGAAAGCAGGUGCAGCUUAGACAUACGGACCACGCACGGGAACAGUGGAACAAGCUAAGGAAGUGGAAUUGGCGGGAUGCUACUCGGAUAGGAGGCGUGAGAGAAGAAGAACCUUUGAGUCCGAAGUCGACGAAGAGGAAAGCUGAGAAUGAUCUAUUUUCUGGACCUCCGAAGAGAAGGAUGGAUGGAUUUCGGCAUCGCAUAUAA